AGGCUGCAUUGUGUGCAUGUAGGGCAGGGGCUGGCUCUUUAAGAACAGGACAUUUUUUUUUUUUUGCUCUCUCUCCUUCUGCUUUUCUCAUAUGUAUUCUUUCCAGUGUGGAGCUGCUUCAAAGGAUGAAUAAUGACCUCCUCUGUCUUAUUACAGCAAGGGAAAGCCUCCAUGGGACUGGGCUUCUGCUGCUGCUGCUGAGCAAGCUGAAGACAUGGGCUAUGUACACACAGCAGAGACCCUGAGAGCCUGCCCAGAUCCAUCCUAGAGGAAUCCCAAGCCCCAGCAGCAGCAGCCAGGCCCCUGUGUCCUUCUCCAUCAUCCACUAUCCAGAGACACUGACCUCCUGUCAACUGGGAUCUUCCAUGUAGAGAAGAAAAAAAAAACUGAGUCCACCCACAUGCAUGCACCGUUAAAUAGGCAAGUCUCAUGUGCAUCUCUCAGUGAGACUGCAGCAGGCACAGGCUGAGCAAGGAGCAGCAGAGCUGAUGGAAGAACCCAAGGUUGCAAAACAGAAGAAGACAUGGAGCAAAAAGGUCCUCUUCAUCCUCGGAGUUCUCUUUAUCUUGGGGAUAAUUGCUUUAACUGUAAUAGCCGUCAUGCAGAACAGACCUCUUCCAAAGAAGCUAAAGUAUGGCAUUGUGCUGGAUGCAGGCUCCUCACACACCAGCCUGUAUGUAUAUCAGUGGCCGGCGGAGAAGGAAAAUGACACUGGAGUUGUCACACAGUUAAAAGAAUGUAAAGCUGAAGGCAAUGGUAUAUCUAGCUACUACCUGAAGCCUGCGGAUGCCGGUCGUUCUCUUCAGUUUUGCAUAAACAAAGCCCAAGAAGUGAUUCCAGACAGUCAGCAGAAGCAGACACCUGUGUAUUUAGGGGCCACUGCUGGAAUGAGACUUCUCAGCCUCGCUUACCCGGCGGUCGCCCACGAGGUUAUGACGUCGGUGGCGGAUACACUGAGAUCUUCUCCCUUUGAUUUCCAAGGGGCCCGAAUAAUUACAGGACAAGAAGAGGGAGCCUAUGGCUGGAUCACCAUUAACUAUCUUCUAGGAAACUUUAUUCAAGAAUUUUCACAUUCUAAACCAGUUAGAACAUUUGGUGCUUUAGAUCUCGGAGGAGCCUCAACACAGAUCACGUUUGAGUCCGAUCAAAAUAUUGAAUCAGAAGAGAAUUCCUUGCACUUCCGAUUGUAUGGAAAGACCUACAACGUCUACACACACAGUUUUCUAUGUUAUGGAAAAGACCAGGCCCUCCGCCAGAAGCUGGCUAAUACUUUAAUGGACGUACAGAAUUUCUCCCUGUUGGACCCCUGCUUUAACUCAGGAUAUACAAGAAAUAUCAGCACAAAUGAUUUGUAUAAUAGCCCCUGCGUGUCCGAUCGGAGGACACCUACCGCACCGCAAAGCAUUCAAAUCCAUGGGAGCGGUGAUUAUAAUCUAUGCAAACGACAUGUCCAGGAAAUCUUCAACAUAUCCCAUUGUACCUACUCCAGAUGUUCAUUCAAUGGCAUUUUCCAGCCAGUUUUACAGGGGGAAUUUGGGGCAUUCUCUGCUUUUUUUUUUGUUAUGGACUUUUUAAAGCUAAGCAAAGAGAAGUUUUCUUUGGACACAGUGAAGGAGACGGUGGAAAGACACUGCUCCAAGCCAUGGAGUGAGGUUAAGAAGGUGUCGGGAAAAGUCAAAGAAAAAUAUCUAAGUGAAUAUUGUUUUUCUGGAGUCUAUAUUCUAAAUCUUCUUGAAAAUGGUUAUGGCUUUAACUCCAGCAUCUGGGAAAAUAUCUCAUUUUUAGGCAAGGUCAGUGGCAGUGAUGCUGGUUGGACCCUUGGGUACAUGCUCAAUUUGACCAAUAUGAUUCCAUCAGAGCUUCCCCUGUCUCCUCCGCUGUCUCACGGCAGUUAUGUUGGACUCAUGGUCUUUUUCUCAGUUUUCUUACUAUUCAUCCUUUUGACUUGCUGGCUAUGUUUCCGGAAGCCAAAGUGUCUACAGAAGGGCAUCAUUUAGGAACAUCUUGCAAUGAGGAUCGGAUGACUAGAUUUCAGAGCUGUUCCGUGAAUUUGUCCUGCCGUGGAUUCCUAUGGUGACUUUACAGACGGGAUCAGCCGAGAUAAGAGAACGAGAGCCUUUUCUUACCUUGUGGGGACCACACAAGCCGCGCUUGGAGCACAACUCUUGUUCUCGAAUGGAAUAUAUUAUCAACUUCAUAUUUAUGAAGCUUUUAACUAAGAUUAUUUUUUCAAGAGGAACGUGAUGGAAGACUGUGAGUAGAAUAGACAGAAAAAAAAAUAAAAAAAUCAAUGAACGUAACGAUGGGGCUUACGUUCAGAACUACAAAAACAAACAAACUGAUCUCAGGUGACAUCAUACAGUAUAAUUAGGUCUAUUACUGUAUUUUUAUAAGCCCUUGUCAUUUAUAAUAGGUUGCAUUCCCUUGUCCUUGUCCAGAAGCCAUAGCAUUGCUAUUGUGUACUCCAAACACAUCAUGUUUCUAUAUAAAAUCAGCAAAAAUGUCAAAUGUCAGUGUGGUGCGAGUGCUUGACCAGACACUGUGUCUUUAAGUGCAAGUUUUUCACAAUAAGCAGGAUUAUUAUUCUUUUGUAGGAUGUUUUCUCACCUGUCUGAUAAGGGACAACACAUUCCUAUUCUUUUUUUUUUUUCAUGUGUCUGUUUACCUCCUGACCAGAGAAGAGUAAGAAAAAAAAAUCUUGUCUGAUUAAUUUCUUAAUAAAUCUUUUUAUAGGGAAUAGAUCUCAUCGUUACUGACACAGAGCUCCAAAUCCCCUACAUAGACAUGGAUGAUAAAAUUCAAGUUGUCUGCAGCCACCACUAGGGGGAGCUGACUGCAUACUCUUCAUACACUGAACUCAACAAUAACAGUGUGCAGUAAUCUCUUAAAGGGGUUGUGCCAUAAUUAAUGUAAAUAAUUAAAUUCCGACAUCAUGUAGUACAUGACAAUCUCUUUCUAACAAAGCUAGAACCAUCCAUGUACCUCACAUGGAUCCACAGAUCUCCCCAUUCAUUGCUCCAAUUGUUUUUGCUGGAAUUAUUUCAAGCUGGCAGCGCAGGGGGCGUGUCCUUUCUCAGAGGGCGUGUCUUUUCUGCUGCAGCUCUCUCCCUAUCACAGCUCAGUGUGUGUGUUCUUGCUGCUGCAGCUUUCUACCUGUCACAGCUCACUGGGCAUGUCCUUGCUGCUGCAGCACUUACCCACUAACUUUUGCAACUGCCAGCGGUAGACAUAACUGGAAGCAGUUAAAGAAUGGAGCUGAGCUUGUGCAACCACCUCAGUGAGGACAGAGAAAUAAGGAAAAGAGCAAACAGCAGGUGGCGCUAUACAGAUACAUUUUAUUAACUAAUUCCGUGGUUAUACCAAAUUUUUGAUGGUAUGCCUUUACAAAAGUAUUCAGAGCCAGGAGCUUGUUUCCAAAAUGUAUAAUAUUUUUCACUGGGCAACCCCUUUUAAGCUCCCCCUAGUGGUGUCUAGAAAUGUAUAAUUGAACUAUGUCUAUGCAGGGAAUUUGGAGCUCUGUGCCAGUAAAAUGGAGCAGAGACUGAUGUAAUAAGAGAUUAUGAAGUUCAUCAGUAGUGGAUGCUGGAUUUAAAGUGACCUGAUGUUAAAAGGCGUGCAUUUUCGUAUCACAAUGAGUGCAUUAAAAUGUUCACUAGAUAAGGUCCCGAAAAAUGCUACCUAAUACAACCACCAGGGGGAGUAAGAAGACGUUUUUCUGGUUGUCCUUACCUCCACUCCCUACGGCUGAAGCUAAACAUCUGGUCUCUAUUAGAUAUGUCCUAGGCAGAUACCUACAUAUAGUAGCACUGUCUCAUCUCCGCCCAAUGACCUUUGUGGGAAUGGAUUGUCUGCUUAGGAUGAGGAAGCUUGGAGAUCCCCUUUAAGGAUUAUGGGACCUGAUGAGUUAGGACUGGAGAGCAUCUGAAAGUCAAUCAGUCGUCUUUUGCAGUGGGGUAUAACUAUAGGGAUGGACUGACUGGUCAGUUAGUAACGCACAAAUGUCCCCAGGUGUGGACGCUCUUCCACCCACCAUACAAACAUGGUGGACACCCGUUUGGCACUAGCAGUGGCGCAGAUAACACUGGUUGAGCUACCCCAGGGCACUCUGCCUCCAUCCCCACAUUACAUGUCUGGCCAUAUGGAUCAGAUGGCACCAUACCCUCCGUACCCUAUACAUGUAGUGGCAGUGUUUGCACCUAUGUCUGGUCUGGGAGAGAUUUGAAAGGGAAUUUAUUCUUUAAAAAAAAAAAAUUGAGUGUUUUAUGUGCUUUAUAAAAAUGUAUGUAGUUCUAUAUUACAUGAAAUAAACAUAUCAGGU